AUGGAAGCGGAAGCAAGUAGUUCUGAUGGCUCAGUAACAAGUCCUGUGCCACCGAUAACACCUUAUGAAGUGAACUCGAUGAUACUUUGUAGCCAUACCGACAAUCUUUUUUAUGAGGCUAAGAUAAUCGCUGUAAAAAUACAAACAAAUGGAGAAUAUUUGUAUACUGUUCACUAUCAGGGAUGGAGUAAACGAUACGAUGAAAACAUUCCGCACAGCAGGUCUGCAAUACGAUUCCGUCCGUUUACACCGGAAAAUAUUGAACUUGCAAAGAUUGAAAUGAGGGAGGCGAAGGCUCGAGCUGCUGAGCUAGUUAAAAAAAAGAAGCCACAAAAGGCAGAAAUUCGGCGUGGGCGCUCGGCUGUACAAUUGUCAGAGUCUUCUUCCAAUGCUUCUCGAGAUGCAAAACUGCUAGUCAGUUACAGUGUCUUUGGGGAUAGUUCAACGGAUAGUAUAUCGAGAAGCUCAUCCACAAAUGAGACAGUAUCAAUUCCUGAAAAGCUGAAAGCUCUGCUAGAAAAUGACCGUCGUUUGAUUGAAAGCGAGCUGAAAUUACCGCGCCUGCCAUGCCGCUUGACUGUUUCAAAUAUUAUGGAAGAGUAUGUCAUGCACGUGCGAAAACUGGAUGCAGUAUGCUCAGAAGUUAAAGUGCAUAAAGGACGAGCACGAUACUGGAAAGGUGUUGUGGCCGCGUUAGACGAAUGUGCAGAUAAUAUGAAAAGUUUUUUCGAUCUGAUUAUAGCAUCUGACAUAUUGUACGCAAACGAGAAGUUGCGUCAUAAGGACCUGACUGAGGAGACUUCAGGAGUUAUUCAUCUGUACAAUAUAUCAGAUCUGUUGAAUGAACCAAAAAAAGGACUUCGGGCAUCGGAAUACUAUGGUUUUAUUUAUUUGCUUCGACUACUUAUUAGGUUUCCAGAAAUGAUCGAAUGUAUGCUGUGCGACAACGAUUCGAAAGAGAUUUUAACUGUUUUUGUCCAGUCAUUUGUUCGUUAUUUGGGGAGCAAUUCCGAGAAAUUUUUCGAUCCAGAGCAAGACUAUGAAACCGUCACUGAAGAGUACAAGUUGCGCCUCUUGCAAAACUCUAAAAUUUAG